AUGGGUCCCAAGAAGGCAGACGGAGCUCCCAAGCCUAAGAGCACUCACGCUUCCUACCAGGAUAUGAUUACCGAUGCUAUUGUUCAUCUCAAGGAAAGAAAUGGUUCUAGCCGUCAACAGCUCAAGAAAUAUGUUCGAGCAAACAAUACCAUCAACGUCACGGAUAAGAUGUUCGACUCUCUGUUUAACAAGGCCUUAAAGGCUGGCGUUGAUAAGGGUAUCUUCGAGCAGCCCAAGGGACCAUCCGGAGGUACUAAGCUGUCUAAGAAGUCCAAGCCUGCCGCAACUAAGCCGGCUGCAAAGAAGGAUACCGAGAAGGACGCUACCAAGAAGGCUGCCCCGAAGAAGGAAACAGCCACCAAGAAGGCUGCUGCUCCCAAGAAGGCUGCUGCUCCCAAGAAAGAGAAGGAGGCUGGCGAGAAGAAGCCCGCAGCAAAGAAGGCUGCCGCCCCAAAGAAAGCCCCUGCUGCUAAGAAGACGGCAACCAAGAAGGACGCUCCUGCUACUGAAGACAAGCCUGCCGCUUUGGCAAAGACGAAGACCGGCCGAGUCGCCAAGACCGCGACGGCCAAACCAGCUACCAAGAAGGCGGCGCCGAAAAAGGCGGCUGCUCCCAAGAAGGAGAAGGCUCCCAAGAAGGAGGCCAAGGCUGAAGCUGCAGCAUAA